UCGGUCUUUCAAAAACAGGUUUUAAAAGCGUGUGUGUUCACCUGAGUGGUUUUUCAUAAAGGAUAUAUGAUUCGGCUUUAUCCGUCCAAAUGCGGAGACGCUAAAACGAGGUAGAGAAACAGUUGUCGUCUGCUGCCAUUAGAACACUGCUCUUGGAGGUGAGCAGACCAAAAACUAGUGUUCGGUGAAGACGGUUUGAGUGCAAGUGACGUUUUUGUUUGGACUACCUACUGAAGUUUUGAUAGCGGAACAAGUCUGUUCCUAGUUUCAUUACCAGGGUGUGGCCGGUGUGCGUUUUACCAAAAUGGCAAUGCAACAGAAAUUCGACGAGAAAAUCGAUACCCGAUUGGCCGUUCUACAAAACAGAACUGACCUUAUCCAGAACUAUUUGGAAAGAAAGGGUAAACGUCUAGAUGAUGUUGAUGGAGAUGAAAAUCAGGAAAGAGGAAACUGGAGUGGACGUUUUGAUUUCUUCCUUUCAUGUCUAGGGUAUGCUGUGGGUCUUGGAAACGUUUGGCGUUUCCCUUACCUCUGCUACAGGAAUGGAGGAGGUGCUUUCCUCAUCCCUUACGUCAUUAUGUUGGCAAUUGUGGGUGUUCCGAUCUUCCUGUUGGAGUUGUCCCUUGGACAGUUUGCCAGUGCUGGACCCGUAACAUGUUGGAAAUAUGCACCACUCUUCACGGGUGUGGGAUAUGGAAUGUUUAUCGUGUCUGCUCUUGUCUCCAUCUACUACAACAUGAUCAUCGGUUGGGCCUGUUACUAUCUAUUUGCCUCCUUCACUACCACAUUACCCUGGGAUAAGUGUGGAUCCUGGAGUACGAACCUUUGCUAUGACAAAGUUCACAUUCUGAACGUGACAGCUGGUGACACAUGUGAAUUGGCUGGUGCAAGAAAAUGGAAUACAACCUGGUACAGCAACCCCAACUGGGGUACUUGCCAUAAUGCUAUGAAUUUCGCCAAGUCAAAUGUAGUUGGUUUCAUCAACAAGACACAAGCCAACGAACAUGGUAUCAGGCGUGAGCUGCCAUCUCAGGAAUAUUUUGACUUUGUAGCAACUGGUUCAGGCUUCAGUGCAGGAAUACAAGAUUUACAGGGGCCACGUUGGCAGAUGGUCCUCUGCUACCUACUUGCCUUCAUCUUUGUUGUCUUGGCCCUCAGCAAGAGUAUUAAGACUUCUGGAAAGGUUGUGUACUUCACUGCCACCUUCCCUUAUGUUGUUCUGGUCAUCCUUCUGAUCCGUGGUCUUAUGCUGGACAACUACUUAGAGGGCAUCAAGUUCUACAUCACUCCAGAUCUAGAGAGGCUGAGGGACUCUGGGGUAUGGAAGGAUGCUGCUGUACAGAUCUUCUUCUCUCUGUCUGCUUCAUGGGGUGGUUUGAUUGCAUUGGCCAGUUAUAACAAGUUUCACAACCAUUGUGUGAGAGACACGCUGACUGUAGCAUUUGGUAACUGUCUGACGAGUGUGUUUGCUGGAUUUGUGAUCUUCUCCUACUUGGGCUACCUGUCCAAGCUGAUUGAUGUACCUGUGAGUGAGGUAGCAAAGAGCGGACCAUCCCUGACCUUUGUGGUCUACCCAUUCGCUGUAACAACACUUCCAGCGGCUCCUGUUUGGGCUGUCCUUUUCUUUAUGAUGUUGAUCACUCUUGGUGUGGAUUCGGAGUUUGUGUUGGUGGAGACCGUUAUUACAUCCCUCCUGGACAGAUUCCCCAAACUUAGGAACUACAAGCUCUUCACUGUCAUUGGAGUAUCGGCCGUUUUCUUCCUGCUCGGUUUAACAAUGACUACAAAUGGUGGAAUCUACAUGCUGGAAGUCAUGGAUACAUAUUCUGGUGGAUGGAACAUUCUUGUCAUUGCCAUUUGUGAAUGUAUCUCAGUUGGCUGGAUCUACGGAGUGCGACGAUUCAUGAACGACAUUGAAUGCAUGAUAGGAAAAAGUAUGGUGUUUACAUUGCUGAAGUAUUGGUGGGCUUUGUGCUGGUGUUUCCUCACCCCACUCUUGUGUGCUGCCAUCAUUAUUUUCUCCUGGGUGGAUUACAAGAGCAUGGGAGCCGGUGAUAAUGGUGAUAAGUACCCAGUGUUUGCUGACGUAAUUGGAUGGCUGAUGACACUGCUGGUGAUCUUUUGUAUCAUCGGAACUGCAAUCUACCAGCUAGCAAUCACACCUGGAAGUUUUGCUGAACGCUUCAGGAAAACUUGCUCUCCUACACCUGAGUGGGGGCCUGCUCUUGUGAGGCACAGGGAAGAAUGUGCAAACUACACCGUUGCGAAGGGAUACGAUCAUUCUUUUGUUGUGGACCCUUGGAAUGAAAGCCCUGUCACUAAGUCCAAGGCAGAGCUUCCGAUGACCACAACAGGUGGUAAUCACAAUAUAGGCUAUGUUCCCUGUCAGGACAUGCAGUACAAACCUAAGGUAUGACUCCUUCAAUAGCAGGUAAUUGGUUACAAUUAACAGAUGACCCAGAAGGGAGGGUACACCAAUGAUGGAUACGAAGCUAGACUGUAAGCUGCUUUGUAUGGAAGAGGAAUAUAAAACUACUCAAACAAGAACAUGACACAAGUUAUGACAUAUCUUCAGAUGUUUGAAAAUUGUGCAUAAUACCAUAUACAGACUAGCUGUGCUGUUCUUAAUACUAUAGGACUCCAGGAAUCUCAAUGUGACUAACGACGUUAUGAAUGCAGUGUGGGUAAAAGGUCAUCAGUGGAAUUUUUAUUUGCUGCUACAACAUCAUAAAAGAUCUUAUUACAUGACAGAAUCAUAAGGCAUCUCCGACUCUUUGAUGAAAUACUCUGCUUAUAUCAAUAUGGAUUUACCUACCCUUAGAUGAGCGAUGAUCACAGUUCUUUUUACCUUUAUUGCUCAAAGGAAUGACAAGAAUUUCAUUACGGUCACAUGUGUUCAUUCCAGAGCUGCCCUGGGUAACUGGAUUUGGUUUCGAAAGAGGUUGCUAUAUAAGUCCCCAACAAUUUGUGCCAACUGAUGUUCUGUAAUCUUUAAAUGGGUCGUGUAAUGGUUAGAACAGAUAUUUUAUUCACUUUUUGAUCUAUUUUAUAAUUCAUAUCUACCAUACUCACCGUCAUAUUUGUAAGUAAGACUAACACUUUUUUUAAACAGACUAUCUUCCUACAAAAUCUGUCGCCUCCAAAAAAAAAGAGAAAAAAAAAAUUUGAAGUAAUUUUAAAUUA